GAAGACCAUUGGUCCAUGACGAAGCUCCUUAUAUAAUGGACGAUUCACGCAUUGGAGACUCAUGCCCAUCAUCACUCACUCAACCACUUUCUUUCUUUUUCGCAGAGAAACCCAAUAGAAAAACGUAAAAGCCUUUCUUAGAAAUUAUUGCUGCUCGUUCUUAUCUCCUCUUUCCAGUAAUUAAAACCAUAUCCUUUUUGGUGAAUCGAAGAAAGUUGAAAUAAUGGGUGCUCUUGAUCAUUUUUCUCAUCUUUUUGACUGCUCUCAUGGCAGUUCCAAGCUCAAGAAACGCAAGCAAUUGCAGACGGUGGAGAUCAAGGUUCGAAUAGAUUGCGAAGGAUGCGAGCGAAAGGUGAAGAGAGCAGUGGAGGGAAUGAAAGGUGUAAAACAAGUGGAUGUGGAACGUAAAGCAAAUAAGCUGACAGUCGUUGGAUAUGUGGACCCAUCAAAGGUUGUGGCCCGCGUGGCUCAUCGGACGGGUAAGAAGGCAGAAUUAUGGCCGUACGUGCCCUAUGACGUGGUGGCCCACCCAUACGCACCAGGGGUCUACGACAAGAAGGCCCCAGCUGGGUACGUGAGAAGGGCUGAGGACCCACAAGUGUCCCAGUUGGCACGUGCCAGCUCCACUGAAGUUCGGUACACCACUGCUUUUAGCGAUGAGAAUCCACAAGCAUGUUCUAUCAUGUGAUUAAUUGGAUUGAGAUAGAAAUUAUUGGUGGUGUUUAUUAAUUUUGAAAUUUAGGGCUUGUAGAUUUGGUAAUUUGCUUUUUCGUGAGGGUGUUUGUGCAAUUAUUCAGUAUGUUUUGUAAGCUUUAUGUAUCAUUAGAACUUUUGUCAUAAAUGAAAAGAAAAAAAAAAAGUCCUUGUAUGUA